UGCAUUGAAACCCCUAAAUGAAAGCAUUCGUUAAGUUGGCAACUCGGUUGUUUGUAAUAAAAACAAAAUAUUUGUUUAUUAGUAAUUAAGUGAACUAUGUCAAUUUUCAAGGCACGUGUACAAGAGUUUGAAAAUGCGCUAUCUAGAGAUGAAAUUGAUAUAAAACAGCUGAGGCAGCUAUGUUCCAAUGGUAUACCUGAUGUAAACAGCCUUCGUUCACAAUGCUGGAAAAUACUUUUGGGUUAUUUGGGCUGUAAACGAGAUUCAUGGUCAAGUACCUUGGCAAAAAAGAGAACACUUUAUAGACAAUUCAUAGAAGAUUUAGUGCUGCCACCAGGACUGAAGGAGAAUGGCAAUGAGAGUAAAGAAGUUUGUUUAAGUGACCAUCCUUUGAGCGAGGGUCCCGAUAGUGCUUGGAAUACUUUCUUCAAUGACAAUGAAUUUCUGCUACAAAUUGACAAAGAUGUGCGAAGACUUUGUCCGGAUAUCUCAUUUUUCCAACAGCCAACCGAGUAUCCCUGUGACAUAGUGGUUAAUAGUAAGGGAGAGCGUAGACUGCAUCAGAGAGUUGUACCAUCGGUGUUAAAAUCAGCCAAUGUGGAGAGAAAAGGUUUGGGCGUUACCAAGAUUAAUCUCAUAACAAAACGUUCUGAGGAAACCUACAAAGCCAUGGAGGAGGGCCUAGAGGCUCAUUGGGAGGUGGUGCAACGUAUUUUAUUUCUCUAUGCCAAACUAAAUCCCGGCCAGGGUUACGUUCAAGGCAUGAAUGAAAUUGUAGGCCCCAUUUAUUAUGUCAUGGCCUCAGAUCCUGAUCCUGAAUUACGCGAACAUGCCGAAGCAGAUUGCUUUUAUUGCUUUACAGCUUUAAUGGCUGAAAUACGUGACUUUUUUAUCAAAACAUUAGAUGACUCAGAAGGUGGCAUCAAGAAUAUGAUGAAACGUUUAUCGGAAAUGUUAAGAAACAAAGAUUUAGAAAUCUAUGAACGUCUGAAAGCACAAGAAUUACAUCCACAAUAUUAUAGUUUUAGAUGGAUAUCACUAAUAUUAUCUCAAGAAUUUCCUUUACCCGAUGUAGUACGCAUUUGGGAUUCAGUACUAUCAGAUGAAAAACGAUUUGAUUUUCUAUUAAAAAUUUGCUGUGCAAUGAUAUUAAUACAACGCGAUCAAAUACUACAAAAUGAUUUUGCCUCGAAUGUUAAACUUUUACAAAAUUAUCCACCCAUGGAUAUAAAUAUUGUACUCUCGAAAGCAGUAACAUUGUGAUAGCACUUCUCCCAUUUGCUAUUUAUGUUAAUGGAAUACAAUAGCCCAAUUCACGAUCUGGUGUAUGUUUGCAAUUGUAUUUAUGCAAUUGUAAAUAUUUCCUAUUAAUUGUGAACGAUUUUUCAGCUUUAAUUUACAACACUAAUUGCAAACACACAAAAUACACGGCUUUUUGCUGGCUUUUCGCUUUAAAUUCGUUCUUACCUCUAUCUCCGGUGGUUCUGGAAGAUAUAGUAUAAUCCUAUUUAUGGCCUUUGGUCCAUUUUUGGUUCAAUUUCUUAUUUUUUAUUGCUUUUUUAAAUUUUUCGUUUGUUUUUUAAAUUGUUUUUAUAUAAAUUUUUUAUUUUUUGAGCUGUCAGUUUGUAUUGCAAAAGUUGAGUAAAUAAAAACUACGUAUUUAUGUGUAGUAUAUUUUAUAAAGCGUAGCAUGAGUAUUUCUGUAUAUUUUGUUUGUGUAAAGUAAAAAUAUACUAAACCAUUUGCAAAUGCAAUGAUUCAAGACCAUUUACACUAGAUUGUGAAUUGGGCUAAUGUUUUUAAAGCAAUCUUAUCAACUCAAUGCCAACUUUAUACUGUCGUUAAGUAAACAAUAAAAGAAAAAUCCUCUAUUUUCUAUGUGUAGUUUAAAAAAAGGAGUAUUUUGAAGUUAUUUUUUUAUUAUCUGCCUUAAAUAAAAGAAAUCAUCUCACCCUAAAACAAA